GGCGCGGCCCGGCAGCCAGACUAAAGGGGGAGGGGGCAGCAGGAGGGAGGGGAUGCGAAGUUGUUGAGGAGGCGUCUGGUGGGGAAAAUGGCGGACUUUCUGAAAGGCUUGCCAGUUUACAACAAAAGCAACUUCAGCCGAUUCCAUGCAGAUUCUGUGUGUAAAGCAUCAAAUAGAAGACCGUCAGUGUAUCUUCCCACGCGGGAAUAUCCAUCCGAACAAAUCAUCGUGACAGAAAAAACGAACAUACUUUUGCGUUACCUACAUCAGCAGUGGGACAAAAAGAACGCAGCGAAAAAAAGAGACCCAGAGCAAGUGGAAAUAGAGGGUGAAAAUUCUGCCCCGCCUCGCAAAAUCGCCCGGACAGACAGCCAAGAUAUGAAUGAGGACACUUAAAGCUCUCGCUCUUCUUCUGCACUGAUGCAGGCGCUUCCUGUGUGGGUUUUUUUUUUGGUCUUUCACUGUGUACAAAGAAAAGGCAAAUGAAACAAUUCCACCUGGCCCUCCCCUUCCCAUAGAGCCCCAAACCACUUUUGAUUUCUGAAGAGCCAAUGUAUUUAUUUUUGUUUGUGUGUGCAGGA